AUGCGUCUCGACACAUUCAUUCCACUUAUCACUCUCGCCGCAGCUCUUCCGAGUAGAUGGGGCUCUGACUCCACUAAUACACCAUGCCGCUCUACCCAAUUAUCUGCUGAAUGGCGUGAAACAGUUGUCCAGAACUGGCUCACAAUUUGGAAUGAUAUGGACUUCUCCCUGCUCGACGUGGCCGUGUCGCCGGAUAUUAUCAUCUAUCAAGACCGUUUCGCCACAGGCACUGGGGAUGGCUCCAUCGAAUUCGUCGUGAACAACGCGUCAACGUUCCAAAGCUUCGUUGAAGUUUCGCGCAAUGGGUUCAGCAAAUACGUUUUCGAGGGCACCAAGUAUUUCGGCGAAGAUGAUCUCGUGGCGCUGGAGUGGACUUUAGAUGCGACGAUCGAGGAAAGCCAAGGGACUACGGCACCAGGAACUGAUGUUGCUUACAAUGGGACUGACUUAUUUGUCCUGGAUCGCUGUAAUGGGGUUAUCAAGGAGGUGCGAAGCCAUCAAGAUCUUAUUCGGUGGUACCAUGCGUUGGGUGCUGACGUCGGUGCCCCGUGA